CAAACCAUAGGGGAGGAUUAUCCCAUGGUACCUAUCUGUUUUACUGUCUUGUUGUUGCAAGCCUCCAUUUUGUCGUCGCUUCCCUUAUUUUCCAAUCUUGUUAGUUACCUCACUCGCUUUGGUGACACGAUAGUCUAUCGCUUUUAAUAAUUGCUAUCGCUUGUAAUUGUCUUAUAGGAUCAGGGGAUAGGAAAGGUGGUUUAUGCCAUUCGCUACUCAGUCUCUUGCAAAGCGAAAUCCUUUCCCUUGUUCCUCCCGAUAACUCAACUCUCCCGGACCUAUUCGACAUACAUUCGCUCUCUACCCGUCGAAUCCAUUAACAUACCGACGUCUCAGCCAUCCUUCGCCAAUAGUUGAGACUAGAAGAAUUCCGUGAAUUUGAAUCUGUCAUUGCUACCGGUGUCAGCUGCUCUUUCACAACAUAUUCGAGAGUAUAGGCCUGUCGUUGUUGUCCGGAAGGGCAACACGAUUUGAUCGAGUUCAACAUGGCUAAUCACCAAGCACGAAUGUCCAUGUACUCGGUGGCUUCCGAUGCUAUGGGAGGACCACGAGGUGCCGGUCAACAAUCCACUCAAGUCUCGACGACCACUCUCUUAAACGGCAUUCAUAAUAUCUAUAUGUCCUCCCAGCCCUACAGACUCGAUGCCGGAACAAGCCUCGUCGUAAACACAUGGCUUACUGCUACCCAAGCAGGACAGGACGGCAAGACUGGAGGGACCGUAGAUCGCGAUUUGGCAGCUAGGGCCUGGGAACACGCUAGGCGACGAGCAGAAGACGGCUGCAUUAUUUUAGGGUCUCUUCAUCAGUCAACCCCCUCACUACUGAACCCUUUCCUCACGUCCUUACCUGUUUCCAUCCCCUCCUCUCUAUUAACUGCUCUAGAAGCAAUCAAUCCGUUUAUACGUUGCGUAACUCCUUAUAACCCAUCAACGCCGCGGCAGUCUGCCCUUGCAGUAACCUUGACACUAAACUUAGCUGGAAACUUAACUGCGGCUAGCUUGGCGCUAUCACAAGGCGGCAUCGAUACCGUAAAGGGCCUACUUGAUAUACCUGCUGAAGCUGGAUAUCGUGCAUUCGACGUCUUCUACUACCUGUUAACUUCAGCCUCGACCCCGGCUGAGCGAGAAUUCCUUGGUCUUAAGUCGGCCUCUACCUAUUCGCUGCUAGCCAAGUCUGGUACAUACACCCCCCCUUCUUAUCUCCCAACCGCCGACGAUGGAGCUGCUGCAGAUGACUUCCGCACUGCCCUUAAAGAAAUUGGUAUCAAGGGAUCAGCUCACCGAGACUUCAUUUCAACCCUUGCUGGACUUCUCAAGCUUGGCAAUACCCUUGACUACAACGUCGAUGACGAGGUGCUUGAUGACGUCUGCGAAGAUGUUGGUGGACUUUUAGGUCUUGACCCGGAAGUCUUGGCUCGACAAUGUUCAACAGAUGAUAGACGGGUAUUAGUGGGAGGAUUAUACGAGGCCCUCGUCGAUUGGGUUGUCACCAAGGCGAACGAAGCCAUUGCAAUUCAGAUGUCCCGUAUUCGUGAUGGCCAAGAAUCAUUGGAUGGCCAUAGAACACCCACGUCAGCCGAAGACAAUGGGGAUACUGUCUGUAUAACCAUUGUUGAAAUUCCCGACCCAAACCUCGGCAAGGCCAUUGCCAUGCGUGGUAUUUUUGACGACACCGCGGGAAUCAAUGCUGAAAUGAAGGAAGACGGAGUGGAUGUGGUUUCCGCCGGCAGUUCAGUGCUCCGAGAAAUGCAGAAUAGUGUUGCUGAUGUUGCACCUGAUCUGGGCAUCAUGACCGGCCCUGUUGCCAGGGCAAGGCAGCACGAACUUGAGAAGAGGGAGGAGAUUCUGGAGAAGGCUGGCUUCGCUAGUGAUGAUGAUGGCUUUCUGAAAAAGUUACUUUUCCCCGUCUCAGGACACGGGAUUAACUUGGGUCGGAAUGCGCGACUAGACCUUCCUUCUAUACUUAGCGCCAGUCGAGUUUGGUACCAUUUGUCUCUUCACCCCACUGACGAAACCCCAGCUAGCCUGGCCGCUCUUCCUUCUAUCACAUCUGCUUGGUCAGCUGGUACAGUCUCUCGCCAGCUACGUGCUUGGAGAUUGCCUGAGUGGGCUAAUCGUCGCAACAAGAAUCUUGAUUUUACGGCUGAUUUUGAUAUGGAUGAGUUUUACCAACGCUUCGCCCCUCUUGGCUGCGGAGAAGGUCGUGAUGGUAUUGAGACGUGGAUUCUUGAGAGAGGUUGGAGCAAUGGUGAAGUAGUUAUUGGUAAAGAACGAGUUUGGAUGAGAGAAACUGCCUGGUGGGAAGCUGAGAGUAUGCUCGACCUUAGACCACCACAGGACUCUGUACCUGGUGGUAUGGGCGGUUUGGGCAGUAUGAGCAAUGUGUUCAAUACGCCUGGUCUUGAAACGGGAUAUUCCAACAAUGGCAGUGGAUUUUUCCCUCCAAACUAUCCCGAUCAUAACUCUUCCGGUAGCCAGGAUCAACUUAUCAAUCACCAGCGUAACCAAAGUCGACUUACGCUUGCACAAAGCCAAAUGAGGGCUACUUCCACUACGCCCUCCGCUAUGCGUAACGUUAAUAACGGUGAUUACGGUCUGGGAUCAAAGGGUGACAACCAUCGGGACCAGGUAUUCUACACUGGUGACGGUGGAUUCAUUGGUGAUCUUGAUGCUGUCGAUGCACAGGGCAAGCAUGUUGAAACCGUAGAUACAACCCUAACUCGACGGGUUUGGGUUGGUUUCGUUUGGACUUUGACUUUCUGGAUUCCUUCCUUCGCUCUUCGCUAUAUCGGCCGAAUGAAACGGCCGGAUGUUCGGAUGGCCUGGCGUGAAAAAUUUGUUCUGGUUUUCCUCAUCUUUUUGAUAAACGCUUUCGUCAUUUUCUGGAUUAUUUUAUUGGGUCGCCUUAUAUGUCCCAAUUUCGACAAGGCUUGGCUCCAGAAAGAAGUCGAUACUCACCAAGGCGGUGAUGAUUUCUGGGUUAGUAUCCAUGGCAGGGUCUACGAUAUUACCGACUUUUGGCGACAACAGCACAGUGACACAAAUAUCGAAACAACGAACGAUCUCAUGCUGCAGUUCGCCGGAAUGAAUUUGGACGACUACUUUGUAGCCCCUCUCCAGCUUACAUGUCCUGGCCUAGGUGUUUCUGAAACUAUACAGCUGCAAAGGAACAACACGCCCACUAUACCCCAAGGUGUCCACACAUCUGGGUAUUACCAGGCCGACCAAACAACUAAGUUAAGAUCCCCUACUUGGUAUCGUGAUUCAUUCCAACCCAAGAUCAAGGAGUACUACCAUGGCGACCUAGUCUGGGAUAGCAAUGAUGUUCUCGAGGACGGCAAGAAUAAUAACCACAUGUGGAUCGUCUAUGAAGGCGGAAUUUACGACCUAACAAACUAUUUCAAUACUAUUGAUUAUUAUAAGAAUCUCGCUCAGUACAACUUUCUGGACGCGGAUUUAAUCGAUACAAUCAAAGAUAACCCGGGAGAAGACAUCACAAGCCUAUGGACCAACCAAAUUGCUAGUGUUAAAGGGAAUAAGACAGCCCUUGCGACGAAACUGAACAGUCUCAACUGUAUCAAGGAAACCUUCUACGUCGGCAUACCGGACUUCCGCAAUUCGGCUAAAUGUCAAGCAAACAACUACAUCCUCCUCGCCUUUGCCAUUAUUAUUUGUAUAGUUACUGGAAUUAAGUUUUUUGCGGCCUUACAGUUUGGCUCCAAACGGCGUCCUGCCCCGCAGGAUAAGUUCGUCAUCUGCCAGGUUCCAGCCUAUACGGAGGGAGAAGACUCUUUGAGAAGAGCACUUGAUUCCCUCACCGCGUUACAGUACGAUAACAAGAGGAAGCUGAUCUGUGUUAUCUGCGAUGGUGUCAUUGUUGGUGAAGGUAACGAUCGACCUACGCCAAAGAUUGUUCUCGAUAUCCUCGGAGUUGAUCCCAAGGUUGACCCCCCAGCUCUACCCUUCAAAUCCGUUGGUACUGGCAGCGAACAACUUAACUAUGGCAAGGUCUAUUCUGGGCUUUACGAAUAUGAAGGCAAUGUGGUCCCUUAUCUUGUUGUCGUCAAAGUAGGCAAAGAAUCCGAGCAGGUCAAAGCAAAACCUGGCAACCGUGGCAAGCGUGACUCGCAGAUCUUGCUGAUGAGCUUCUUGAACCGUGUCCACCACCGUGCUCCGAUGAACCCCCUGGAAUUGGAAAUGUUCCAUCAAAUCAAUAACAUCAUCGGCGUUGACCCCGAACUAUACGAGUACCUCUUGAUGGUCGAUGCUGAUACUUGCGUACGAGAGGAUUCCCUCAACCGACUUGUUGCUGCCUGUGCCAAUAAUUCAAAGAUCGCUGGUAUUUGUGGCGAGACUGGUCUCCAAAACGAGGAACGUUCCUGGUGGAGCAUGAUUCAGGUCUACGAAUAUUACAUCUCCCACCACUUGUCAAAAGCUUUCGAAUCACUCUUCGGCAGUGUUACUUGUCUGCCCGGAUGUUUCACGAUGUAUCGCCUGCGCACUGCUGACCGAGGUAGACCCUUGAUUAUUUCUGACGGAGUCAUCAAAGAUUACAGCAUUUGCACCGUUGACACUCUCCAUAAGAAGAAUCUUUUAUCUCUCGGUGAAGAUCGAUAUCUCACUACGCUGAUGACAAAGCACUUUCCGCGUAUGGCAUUCAAAUUCAUUCCUGAUGCGUACUGUCAGACGGCUGCUCCUGAAAAGUUCAAUGUCUUGCUCUCGCAGCGGCGAAGGUGGAUUAACUCAACUAUCCACAAUCUUGUUGAGUUGAUGAUGCUUAGGGACAUGUGUGGCUUCUGCUGUUUCUCUAUGCGCUUUGUUGUCUUCAUUGAUCUCACUGGAACGCUUAUCCUCCCGGCCACUUGUGUUUAUAUUGGUUACCUCUUAUACCUUAUCAUUUCUCACACGGGUCCGUUCCCUAUCGUUUCUAUUGCUAUGAUAGCUGCGGUCUAUGGUCUCCAAGCUCUAAUCUUCAUCCUUAAGCGACAAUGGCAGCAUGUCGGCUGGAUGAUCAUCUACCUCCUCGCGUUCCCGAUCUACUCCUUCAUUCUCCCGAUUUACUCUUUCUGGAACCAAGAUAACUUCAGCUGGGGUAACACGCGUAUUGUAAUUGGUGAGAAGGGUAACAAGCAGUUGGUGGCAGUCGAUGACGAGGGUUUCGACCCACGUUCCAUUCCUUUACAACGAUGGGAUGAUUAUGCCACGUUAAAUAACCUGCCUGGUCGCCGCGGCGCUCAAAACGAAAAGGCACAUGAUUUCUACGACGAUACUUACGAAAUGGACGACAUGAAAUCAGUCUACUCUUCAGUUCGGCAGCCCUCAGUUCUCACCGGUCUCCAAGGCCGCGGUGGAUAUAUGCCACCCCAAUCCCCGGCUCCCUUCCAGCAUAUGACCCGCCAGUCUGUAUCUGGCCCUUACGCCGAUAACACGAUGUACCGGCAGUCUACUGCAUCAUUUGGCGACAUGCAGCAGCGCAUGCAAUCACCUUUCCAGGACUUCCCUACACAAAGGCCCAGCAUGAGCAAUCUCCGUGGCGUAUCUAACAAUUCUCCGCAGCAUAUGCACCGCGUUUCUAACGCUACACUGGGCUAUGCUGGCGGCGCCCGCCCACCGUUAGGCCAAGGUCAUCAGUCCACUGCAUCCUUUGAUUUCCAACGAGGUCACCUAGGACCUGAUGAUGGAAUGAUCAUAGAGGCAAUCCAGGCUGUGCUCCGAGAAGUCGAUCUGGACACGGUAACUAAGAAACAAGUCCGGGCUCUCGUUGAGCAGCGACUACAGACAGAGUUAAUUGGCGAGCGAAAGAUAUUCCUUGAUCGCCAGAUUGAUAACGAAUUAGCUAACAUGUAAUCGCAUCAUCUUUUCUUACCUAUAGUCGAUCGGAGCAGAUAUUAGGCGAAUUAAUCUGGAUGUACAUAAUGGCAACUCAGGUUGAUCAUGUUUAAUGUGAUACUAGCAGGGUUUGGGUUCGGGGCGGAACCGGGUCAUUCAAAAGAAUAUUGUCUUUGCUGGCGUUUUCAAACAGAUGAAGCCCAUAUACUAUUCGUCCACGCAAAAGAAAGUGACUGGAUUCGUAUUGGUGGUUACGACGGCGGAGUCAGAUGCCAGGUCAUACUGUCGUAUUUGCUUUUUCCUCUAUUUUGCUGCGUUUUGCUGGUUAUGGCUAAACAGGAUGGUUUAAGGAUAUCUUAUUAUUACAUUACGGCAUAUCAUAUCAUCGCUAGGUAUAUAUCGUUAUAUACAUAUCCACGGCUCUCAUUCCCAUAGUGAGCAUUACUGUUGGGUAUUAAUCAAACUUAAUAAAGACAAGACUCGGGUUAUACGUCAUGAUGAGUGAGUGAGUGAGUGAGUGAGUGAGUGGCAUGUGUGUCAAACAGUUUACUUUUAAG